CUCCGACAUCAUCCCCACCUCGUCUCGUUGCUGCUUGAUCAUUGCUUUCUUGUCCCCCCUUCGGAUUCCCAUUACCGUGGAUACCCUUACCGGUUCUCUUCGACAAAAUGAGCGUUAUCAUGGCGACAGCGGGGUAUGACCAUACAAUUAGGUUUUGGGAGGCCCUCUCCGGGAUUUGCUCACGUACUAUUCAGCACUCGGACUCGCAAGUAAAUCGACUUUGUAUUUCACCCGACAAACGCCUUCUCGCAGCGGCAGGCCACACUACAGUCAAACUUUAUGACAUCAAGUCUACGAACCCGAACCCGUUACUACAGUUUGAGGGGCACUCGAAUAACGUGACGGGAGUUGGCUUCCACUGUGAGGGGAAAUGGAUGGUGACUUCUUCGGAGGAUGGUACGGUCAAGAUUUGGGAUACCCGCGCGGCCAGUGUGCAGAGGAAUUACUCUCACGGUAGUCCAGUGAAUGAUGUAGUCAUUCAUCCGAACCAGGGAGAGUUGAUUUCUUGCGACCAGGCUGGGAACGUUAGAAUUUGGGAUUUGGGUGAGAAUAAGUGCACACACCAGUUGAUUCCGGAGGAUGACGUUCCAGUAAGAAGUGUUACUGUUGCUACUGAUGGAAGCAUGCUUGUCGCUGGAAACAACUUGGGCAACUGCUACGUCUGGCGUAUGAUUCAGAACCGAGAUGUUACCCAGUUAGUUCCUGUUACCAAGUUCCAGGCGCAUACAAAGUACAUAACUCGUGUGCUCCUCUCCCCAGAUGUGCGACAUUUGGCGACUUGCUCAGCGGAUCACACUGCAAAAAUCUGGAGUGUUGAUGAGAAGAAAUUUUCGCUAGAGAAUACCCUUCAUGGCCACCAGCGAUGGGUCUGGGAUUGUGCAUUUAGCGCUGAUAGCGCCUAUCUUGUUACUGCUUGUAGCGAUCAUUAUGCCAGGCUAUGGGAAUUGAGCAGUCAGCAAAUAAUCCGUCAGUACAAUGGGCAUCACCGUGGGGCUGUCUGUGUGGCUCUGAACGACUACAGCGAGAGAUAGGAAUCUCCCGUCAUUAACCGUAAAGACCACCUAUUUGACUUGUUCCAAGAUCCAAGUGAGCCCCAUCGGGUGUGCCAGUCGAUUUGCUAGCCUAAGAGUUUGGGGGGUUGGAAAUGACCUUUUCCCUAUCAUGGCUAUUAAAACAUUCUCUUGUAGUCCAAGUUUUUCUUUUCAUUUUUUCUUUCUUGGAGGCGAGCCUUUCUACUUGACGUCUGGGAUUAGGUCUAGGGAAGGCGUGUAUUUGGCAAUGCUCCUGGUUUGAUUUUUCUUUGAGUUUUUAUUAAACGGUGGAGCAUGCGCGCCUGUGGCCUGCUGAUUUGGUAUCCGUUUUUCUUUUCCGGCGGUAUACCUGCU